CAGUGGACAAGCGCCUGCUCCACCUCGAGCACGAGGUCCCGAGGGUGACGGACGCGGUGGCGGAGGUGGAGAACAUCGCCACGCGGCGAGUAGAUUGGAUUAUCCAGAAGGCCUCGCAGAAGCUGAGACCACCCGGGACCAGCCGUGCGCAGCUGCACUGCAGCUAUUUCUCGCCGAGAUUCUGCUGCUCGGGCGUCUCCGGGCUGCAGCUGGAGCUGCAGCUGUUCCGCAAGGGGGACCCGCCCGUGGCCGGCGAGAGCGAGGGGGACUGCGCCGUCUUCCUCUGGGCGACCAAGGGGCUCAACAUCACCUACAAGCUCAGCGUGGCCGGCAAGACCAUCGAGCUCCAGAAGGCCUUCAACGGGCGCGUCCCCUACGGCACCCAGCGCUUCUGCUUCGUGAAGGAUCAGAUCCACAGGGAGACCGACACGCUGCAGGUCAGCGUGGAGAUCCUGGAGAUCGUGAAGCAGGUGGACCACAUAGUCACGAACCCAGAGCCGGCGCCGUCGGAGGAGGCGACCGACGGCGAGGAGCAACAUGUGGACAAGCGGCCGCUGGACUGCACCAUCCGGUUCCGGAAGAACGUCAACAACAGGAUCCUUGACCAGGUGAGGCACCAGGUGGACCUCAUGCGCUCCCGCAUGGUGCGGAAGGUCGAGUGGCGCGUGGAGCAGGCCUCGAUGCUGCGGAGAUGCUUCCCCGAGGGGGAGCCGAUCUGCAGCACCGCCUUCAGCGCCGCGGGCAUUGAAGGGCUCCAG